AUGCAUCAGCUGAUGGUUGAUCUUCAUAACGUCGAGGCCCCAACCCGCGACUCGCCGGGAGACAGCCAUGUCCAUCUCGGUCCGGGUGUGUCGAGUGCACGCAGGACGAAUCCUGCCGUAAACCUGUAUGGGUUGCCCCGGAUUGACGUGGUGCUCCUGUCUCAUUAUCAUGGUGAUCAUUUUGACCAAAAGGUCGAAUCCUCGCUCCGUCGCAAUCUGCCAAUCAUCACUACUCCCCACGCCAAGUCGAUAUUAACGUCCAAGGGGGGUGACUUCUUUACGAAGGUGUAUGAUCUUGAGCCGUUUCAACAAGCUACUGUAUAUAUUCCUGGGAAUACCUCGAGGAAGAAAGGUCGUAUGCGGGUGACCGGAGUGCUUGGGAAACAUGCUCCAACUAGAGUGAUUGAUAACCUGAACAAUCUGGUCUCCGCUCUGGGCUUCGACGGCGAAGGCCCCACCUCGGACUUCACGGUCCGACAUCAUAUUUACAUCUCCGGCGAUACCUUGAUGGUCCACGAUCUAAACGAAAUUCCUAAGCGCUAUGCUAACCAGAAGAUCAACUUGAUGCUGACACAUCUUGGUGGGACCACAGUGCCUUCUCCGGCAUUAGGGCCCUUGGCGAUGAGGGUGACGAUGGAUGCGAAGCAAGGGGUGCAGCUGAUGCAAUUAAUACGGCCCGAUGUAACCAUCCCGAUUCAUUACUAUGACUACGACGUGUUCUCACGUUCUUUGGAGGACUUCCGGAAACAGGUCGAGGAGGCAGGCCUGAGCAGUGAUGUGGUCUAUCUGGACUGGGGGUGA